AUGAAUGCUGCUGUGGAGCCGGUGCACAUAUUAGCCAGCACAUGGACGCCUCCUCUCUGGAUGACGACUAACCAAAUGUACAUUGGGAAGAACGAGCUGAAGAAGGAAUACUACCAGACAUAUGCUGACUAUCAUCUAAAAAAUCCGUUAUUAAUUUUAGAUUCACCAAUUUGGGGCAUCACGACGACUAACGAACCCAUAAAUGCCAUGAUGGAUUUCUUUAAAUUUAUCGGUCUCGGAUGGUCUCCUUUGAAACAGGAUCUCAAUCACAAUGUUGUGGGAUGGAUAGACUGGAAUCUAUGCCUCAACUCGCAAGGAGGUCCGAACUGGGUAGAUAACUUCGUAGACUCCCCCGUCAUAGUGUUCCCAGAGAAAAAGGAGUUUGUGAAGCAGCCGAUGUACUACGCACUCGGACACUUCUCCAAGUUCCUGCCGAGAGGAUCACAAAGGAUUAAAGUGACAGAAAAGUACUUACCGAGAUCAUCCCCAGUAUAA